UUUCCGAUCUGUCUUCACCAAUUUUCUCCCAUUACCAAUUCCCUUCAAUUUCUCCAUUUUCUCUAAAAUCCAAUGGAUCCAGUAAGCAGUUGGGGCAAUUCCUCCCUCGACUCCGUCGAUCCCGAAAUCCAUGACCUCAUCGAGAAAGAGAAGCGUCGCCAAUGCCGCGGCAUCGAGCUCAUCGCUUCCGAGAACUUCACUUCCUUCGCCGUCAUCGAAGCCCUCGGCAGUGCCCUCACCAACAAAUACUCCGAGGGCAUGCCUGGUAACCGUUACUACGGUGGAAACGAAUUCAUUGAUGAGAUCGAGAACCUCUGCAGAUCUCGCGCUAUCCAGGCUUUCCACCUCGACCCUACCAAAUGGGGUGUCAAUGUCCAGCCUUACUCCGGUUCCCCGGCCAACUUCGCUGCUUACACUGCCGUUCUCCAGCCUCAUGAUAGGAUCAUGGGACUCGAUUUGCCUUCAGGCGGUCAUUUGACUCAUGGGUAUUAUACCUCCGGUGGGAAGAAGAUUUCUGCUACGUCUAUUUACUUCGAGAGUUUGCCUUACAAGGUGAACUCCACUACGGGGUACAUUGACUACGAUAAGUUGGAAGAGAAGGCGUUGGAUUUCAGGCCUAAGCUUAUCAUUUGCGGUGGAAGUGCGUAUCCUAGGGACUGGGAUUACGCUAGGUUCAGGGCCGUUGCUGACAAGUGUGGUGCUCUCUUGUUGUGUGAUAUGGCUCACAUUAGUGGCCUUGUUGCUGCUCAGGAGGCAAACAAUCCUUUUGAGUUCUGUGACAUUGUCACAACCACCACCCACAAGAGCUUGAGGGGUCCUAGGGCUGGUAUGAUUUUCUACCGCAAGGGACCAAAGCCACCAAAGAAGGGCCAACCCGAAGAUGCAGUGUAUGACUUUGAAGACAAGAUCAACUUUGCAGUUUUCCCUUCCCUUCAGGGUGGUCCUCACAAUCACCAGAUUGGUGCCCUGGCUGUUGCCUUGAAACAGUCCAUGACACCUGGGUUCAAGGCAUAUGCUAAACAAGUGAAGGCCAAUGCAGUUGCCCUUGGAAAGUACCUGAUGGGCAAGGGAUACCAGCUUGUUACUGGUGGAACUGAGAAUCACCUUGUUCUUUGGGAUCUCCGACCUCUUGGAUUGACUGGCAACAAGGUUGAGAAGCUUUGUGACCUCUGCAACAUCACUGUUAACAAGAAUGCUGUUUUUGGUGACAGCAGUGCCUUGGCUCCGGGAGGUGUACGAAUUGGUACACCUGCCAUGACUUCAAGGGGUUUGGUUGAGAAGGACUUUGAACAGAUAGGCGAGUUCCUCCACCGAGCCGUGACAAUCACUUUGAACAUCCAAAAGCAAUAUGGUAAGCUUUUGAAGGACUUCAACAAAGGGUUGGACAACAACAAGGAGAUCCAAGAGCUGAAGGUUGAUGUGGAGAAGUUCUCAUCCUCAUUCGAUAUGCCUGGCUUCAAGAUGUCCGAAAUGAAGUACAAGGAUUAGAUCUAAAUAACCAUACGAUCUAAUUGAUGUUAUUAUCAGCAUCUGCCACUUUUUGGGUUGCCCCCAUUUGAUGUCUUAUGAGUGAAAGGAAAAAGAAAGGGAAAAGAGAAGGAUGCAAAUGCCUUCCACGUACGGUUUUAAGUGUCUUCAUUUACUGGUCAAUUUGAUAUGAUCUUUGUCAAGUUUUUGCUGUUCUGUCUUUAUAAGAGUUUGCAUAAAACGUAUGUACUAAUUUUAUGUA